AUGGUAUCGGUAGUAGUUCUAACCUUUGAACGUUCAGUAAUGGAUCAAGCAACAAAAAUACAGGAAGAAUUCAUAACUCUGGAUGGUAGCUUACUUGAAGGUGGAGGGCAAGCCUUCAGGUGGCGUAUUAUUUUAAAAAAUUUUAUGCUUCGAAAAUCCUUACUCCUUUCCUUACUUUUGUUUUCCUCUGACUUGCUUCAUAGUUGUCUUACGAAUAAGCCGGUUCGAAUUAUUAAUAUCCGUGCAAAGCGCGAUAAACCUGGUCUUAGACCACAACAUUUAUCCGGCCUUCAGCUUGUACGUGACAUUUUCAAUGCAGAUUUACAAGGCGAUAAGAUUGGUUCCAAAGAAAUUUUGUUUCGUCCAAAUGAUGCGGAUCAAAGUAAAACUUUCAUAUGUGACAUUAAGACAGCAGGAAGCAUAUCAUUAUUGAUUCAGAUCGCAUUACCACCAUUGAUUUUUUCUGCUCCGCCCCAAAAAUCAAAGUUACCUUUACCACCUAGAACACAGAAGGCUAUUCUUAAAGGUGGAACUAAUGUCGAAAUGGCGCCACCAAUUGAUUUUUUAAUUGAGGUGUUUAGGCCGAUUGUUCAACGUGUAUUUGGCUUCAAUUUUGACAUUAAUGUUAUAGGCCGUGGUUAUCAUCCUCAAGGUGGUGGUGAAGUCAUUUUAAGUGUAGACCCUUUAGUUAAACAAGCCUUAAAGCCAUUAAAUAUGAUCGACCGUGGUAAAAUAAUUAAUAUCAAAGGGCGCGUGACUAUUGCAAAUUCUCCAAAAGAAAUUGCUACUAAAAUAAUUUCGGGUGUAACUCAAGAAUUUUCUAAUGCGUCGGUGCCAGAACUCAACAAUAUUAAGCCGGAUAUAGAAACUAAUACUAAAAAGAUCGCCUCUGGCAAAGGUUACGACAUAUUAUUAUGGGCAGAGACAAGUUCAGGAUGUAUAAUAAGUGGUAAUGCGGUUGGCAGCAGAGGGCAAUCACCAGUGGAUGUAGGAAAGAGAGCUGCUGAAGAGCUUUUGCGUAAUAUCAAGCAUGGUGGAUGCGUAGAUGAGUAUCUUCAAGAUCAACUAAUAAUUUUUAUGGCGAUCGCAGAAGGAAAAUCACAGAUUGUUACUGGUCCAAUUACUUUACACACUCGCACAGCUAUAUAUUUUGCUGAAAUAAUGUUAGGUGUUAAGUUUAAUAUCAAUAAACUUGAAUUGUCCGAAUCGCAACAAUGUGUACAGGAACAUAGUGAAUGUCUAGAUAAUGAAUAUAAUGAUGGUUUGUAUAUGAUUGAAUGUGAAGGUAUAGGGAUAAAAAUUGCUAGGUGA